GCCGCAGUGGUCCGUCGCCCGUCGGCUUCCUUCACUACACUGGCCAGUGAUUCAUCAUUUUUAGUGCCGGACUGUUUGAAAGACAGCUGUAAAGCCGAGUUCAAGAGUUGAUUGGCCGUGCGGACGGGGCGAUCAUCGGAUGGAUCAUCGGAUGGAUCCAAAAUCUCCUUCGACCUUGGCCUUGCCUGGCUUGGCACUGCACAUCAUUGUCUUUCACAUGAUGCCUGAUUGAUGGCGCCAGCUAGCUGGCCAGCUUCGAACCAGGGAGGCGGCUUUUGUCGGACAAGCGGGUAGUGCAGCGGAGAGAAGACGAUCGAGGACACUAACCUAGUUUCGCUCGAUUGAUUUUCACUCAUGAGAUCCACGGCCAAUGGUCUACUCACGCAAGAUCAAAAAUCUAAAUUAAUUUUUUUACCGGCAUGCAUGGUGCGGGUACGGGUGCAUGUCCUCUGCCUUUUGAAUUUUUGAUUGUGCCAGCCAGCCCUGCUCAGUUUAUCACACUCACAGUUUGGUUGCAGGACGUUUCUGUCUUCAGGUCUUGCUCUCUGGCUCUGUCUCGCCGUGUCGUUUCACUGCCUACACUGGUUUAUGCAAUGUCUGCGCCAAGCAAGGAUGCUCCCGUUGCCACUGGCGAGACAUCGGUGCAGGAACUUCGUCGAUCUGUUCUUCAACUAAAAUUGUCACUCACUAAUCUUUUGAAGGUGGCAACUGGAGCGCUCACGUACCAGCAUUCGCUUGAGAACAAUACACGGAAUGUCGCCGCUCCGACGGAAUCACUUGAUGCCUGUCUUGAAGAGUUCUUUUUCCAAUGUGAUCAAGUGUCACAUAUGUUGGCAACUGCAUAUGAUGGCUACUGCUCCACGAUAGUCAACAGCCAUUCUCUGUCCGGCAUUGCGAACUUGCCCGAUGAGAACAGUGGCCAGGGGUACAGCGACUUGCUGGUCUCGCUGGACCAGCGCCUGUGCAUGUCGGAGCAAAUGCUCUCGCUGCUGAAUGGCCUAAUGGCAGAUCUGUCCAAGCCAGCAGCACAGUGAAAGUGAUCGCUAGUGGCAGCUGGAAGUAACUGCUACUGAUACGCAUUGGCCGAGUCUCGUCAUUCGCAACCCCGUCGCACUGUUCUCCGGAGUCUCGAGAAGGAGAAAAGCAGCACCGCCAACCAUGCCAGGUCCUAUUGAUGGAGGUGGCAUCUGAGCCCCUCGGUUGUAUCGCGCUACCAGUGCAAAGUCAUGCGCGCUCGUGAAGUCUCUGUGAGUGUGUUGAGUGACUACGGCUGUUUCCUGAGAAGCAACCUUGAUUCAGAGACGCUCUGCGCUCUGGAGCAAGACACGCAUAGCUGCAGUGCCACUUUUGCUUGCAUGCACACACAUGCGCGGCCAGUGCCGUGACCGGCUUGGGUUGGGCCGUACUGGCUGUUCACAGUUUUGAGACGUGUUCGAACAGCAUGCAGUGUGUUCUCAGCAUAGCUUUAAUCUCAGAUGCCGGCGUCUGGUGUUAACGGAUUUGUUUGAGAUGCCGAGCUUGCAGUUUGAAAAGAUUUGAUCGCUUGCUAAGCAAGGUGAUGUUGGACGGUUUUAUAAUUUACUCAGUGCUACUAUUAAAUAGUGUCCUUCUAGAAAUAGAACGCUCCUAGUAUAGCAAUUGCAGAUCGCCAGCUCAGCGGGUUGCAGACUCGUGUUUACAGUGUGUUCUACCAUAGGCUACUGAGCUGUAUUCCGUAACGGACUGUCAAUAGUGCGCUCAAGGGCUGAUGCCCAAUGGUUCCCGUACUAUACUGGUGUGUGGAGACAUUGCUUGUAGUAUUGGCAUUGAUUGUUUCUGCUUUCUUGUUCUGCGUUAUGAGCACCCUGCACCUCUGGCCUUUCGAGUUAAGUUUUACCAAUCUUUCUGGAUGCCGGGUCCUUUUUCUAUGUCCCCAGGGCCACCCCCCUCCCGGCCCCCAGCACACGUACACACACACAUGGUUUCUAGCACCACCUGAAUCAAACAUCUCAUUCAGAAUCACAGUCAUUGUGAUGCUAUACAG